AACCUCUGAACUCUGCCUCCUCCAACCACAUGACCUCAGGAAGCUCCCCCUAUUGGCUGGUUGUCCCUCUCCAGACAGCCAAUCCCAAUGCCAAGAUUCACUGAAGGGGCGGGCGGGCCUUUCCCAACAGCCAACAUCAUCUUGUUUUCUCUUGGGUGCCCAGAAGGAUUUGUAUUGUUUGGUCUUGUUACAGAGGUUUCAACUUUAAUGCCUAUUUUUGCCAAGGAGCUAUUCUGUGUUUUUUCUAGUUUACUUGCAUCUAACAAUGAAGUAAACCUAGCCAGAACAGAAUAACUUUUUUGACCAGCUUAUCUGCCUAUUUUUUUUAUAAUUACAGUAAAGUACUAUAUCCUAUCCCCGAGUGACGUGGUUUUCAGACAUGUGUCUGUCUUUCAGGCUGAUCCAGUUCUAAGGAUUUGCCUCCAGGGACCUGUCUUGCCAAAGCAGCAGUCAGACUCCAACGGCCACAUAUUAACUGUAGUAGCAGGAGCUCAGAAUGACUUACUAAACUGCAGGUCUGACUGUUAGUUGAAGGCAGGUUAGACUGGAAGUAAUCCCCCCUGAGGCAGUUUUUUUUUUUUUUACCCUUGACACACUUCCAGUGGAGCCGUUCUUUGAAUGGUUGGAAAUUGUAACACAGUGUAGGGAUGUCAGGAUUGGCGGGUUUUACAAUAACCACGGUUUCAUAACGUCAGUUUCAUAACCGUGAGUAUUAUAAAACCAUGAUGUCUAGGUGUCCUUCCUCUCGCGAGUCACGUUGUUUGUGCAUGCGCUGCGCUUGUUUGUGUGAGCCAAUUAACUGAAACAUAAGGUGAAAAGAGGGAACUGACGUAACAGCCUUGUUUCUACAAAACUCCAUCGAAGGCAGUCACAGCGAGAGGAGAAAUCCUUGUUUACUUUCAGUGUCUGACCAGCGCCUGCCUUGCGACUUAAGACUCUUUUCCAUUAAAAAUUAUGAAUGCAGCAGAGAGUUUAAUUAACAUAUACUGAGAAGUAGUAUAGGACACAAAGAAUGUGUGCUUGAACCUUUAAAAUAAAAGAACCAAACAGAAACACUGCUUAAGACCGAAAACACAUCGUCUACAAAUCUUCCACAAUAUGGCAACUAAAUAAAAUAGCUUGCAUAGAUUCAUUGUAAAUAGACAAAAGUUGUUUAAGAAAAAGUUACUGGAUAUAGUGGACAAUAAUGAUAAUAGUUAUGUUCAUAAUCCUUAUUAUUAUAUAUAUAUAUAUAUUGGAUCUCUUUUCUUCCCUAGUAACGAUAAUUGUGAAAACACUGAUAUUUCCUCUUACAAUAAUCUUGCACCAAAAUUUCAUCUCAUGACCUAACCGUUCAUGCAGAUGGUAAAGUGUCACCGGAAGAAAGGACGUUGCACGGCUUUGUGAUACAUUUUAGUUCUUUGCUUUGCCUAGUUUUUCCUUUUGAUAAUCUGAGUGGGAACAGUGUUGCGGUAGCUCAUCUGGAGUUUUGGUCCUGUUUCUGUCGUCAUGCAUAUUUUUGUCUUUUUGACUUCUAUGUUUCUGAAAGACAUAGAUGCUCAUAUCACCCUGUACCUGCCUGAUUCACAUUCCGGCCAUUGUAUCCUCUCUAAUGCUCUGCCAAUGGCUAAUGUCAUUUAUCCAUUGUCAUAGACAACCUACUGUAACACACAAUCAGUUUCACUGCACAGAUUUCAGUGGAGAAGAAUCUCCUUCCAAUCUAAUGUCUCUAGAUCAGUUAAUAAUCCAACAUAGUUGAAUGAGUUGAGGACAAACACAAUCACUGGUCUUUAUGAAGGUUGGUUUCAGCUCAUGGCUAGAAAGUAUAAUGGGAAGUUGUUGUUUUUAAUUAAUAUGAAGGUCACAUUUUUGUUUUGGUUGCUUCAAGUGCAGCUGUUUAAUCAUGAUCACAUUAUCAUGCCACUGAAAACUGUCUUCCAUGCCACCAUACACUUUGUACUUCCCUAUUCAAGAGCUAACAUUGACUACGUAGUGACUGCAUUAGAGAUGAAUGCUCAUCUGUAUGCCUGCAUGUCCCCAACCUUACUAGGCAUAUGUCCUUGUUUUGAUCAUCACUAGUCUUAAUGUAGUUCCUCCAGGGUCAUGUCGGGGUACAAAGGUCUUCAGUAGAAUAUUUCCCAUCGGUCUUCAUUCUUUUCCUGUGACAUACAGCACUCUGCCACACGACUGCCCCAGAGAGAAAUGGACAAAGUUAAACUUUUAUUUCCAACUUUAAAAUGUGUAGCUGGUAUCGUAUUAGCCAUCAGGGCUCAAAUGUCAUUUGAAAAGCUUUCGCUGUAUCUGAAGGUCAGAUCCCCAGUUUCCUAAGACUAACAAGUAAAGUCAGCGACAGUUAAGGUUCACUUCUUGAUCAGUAAGAACCAACCGACUGAUAAUAUUUUUCCAGAUGUAAGAAUUAGCUACUUUUAAUCAGAAAUGAAAAAAUGGAAAUGAUUAUUUGAAAAAAUCACAAUAAUUUGCUUGAUUGUUGACCUGCAGCAGUAACAUGAGGAUGUUAUGUGUGAUUUCUUGUGUAGAGAAGAUGCUAUGUUUUUGUUCCACUAUUCUGUUUGCCUCUGCAGGAACUACAUGAACGACAGCCUGAGGACAAACGUGUUUGUGAGGUUCCAAGCUGAGACUAUUGCCUGUGCUUGCAUAUUCCUCGCUGCCCGUGCCCUGCAGAUACCUUUGCCAUCCAGACCUCAUUGGUACCUACUGUUUGGUGCCAGUGAAGAUGAGAUUAAAGACAUCUGCAUCACCACCCUGAAACUGUACACCAGGAAGAAGCCUAACUAUGACCACCUGGACAAGGAGGUGGAGAGAAGGAAGAUGUUUUUAUCAGAAGCUAAGCUGAAGGCCAAAGGCCUGAAUCCUGAUGGAACCCCCGCACUGUCCACAAUGGGCGGCUUCUCCCCCGCGUCCAAACCCUGCUCUCCAAAUGUGGUCAAGGUAGAAGAGAAGACUCCCAAUCCCCAGACUCUCAAACCAGUUAAGAAGGACACAGAAAACCGGGCCCAGGCCAACAAGAGUCCACACAAUGGGUUAAGGAAAGACGUGAAGAUCGGGAGGAACAGCAGGAGCGGAAGUCGUUCUCGUUCAAGAACGCGAUCCCGGUCUAGAUCCAGAUCCCCUCGCAGACAUUACAACAGCAGACGCAGUCGCUCAGGUACCUACAGUUCUCGAUCACGUUCUCGCUCUCACAGCCGGAGUCCUUCGCCUCGGCGGCAACCGCCCUCGCCCCUUCUCCCCCACCUCAAGACCAAGACUAGUCACCACAGCAAUAGCGACUCCAAGCCUAGCGGACGCCAUAGCAGCAGUGGUGGAUCCGGCCACAAGAGGAAGCGCACGCGUUCUCGGUCAAGGACCCGCACGCCUGUCAAGGCGGAAAGGGACAGAGAGAGGGAACGGGAGAGGGACAGGGACCGCAGCUCGUUUGACCUCUCUUCAAAAAAACACAAACAUGAGCGAGGAGGUCACAGAGCAGAACGGAGGGAGAGGGAGAGGUCUCGUUCCUAUGACAGGGAAAGAGAGAGGGAGCGUAGCCACAAGAGCAAACACCACAGCAGUAGUGGACACUCAGGACAUGGUCGUCAUCGGCGCUGACACACACAUGAACACACUCCCAUCCAACUAGCUGUGGAGCAGAUAAUCCCUCAAGUGUUUUCAGUUUCCUCAAAACAAAAUUAGAUCCUGCAAGUUCUCUGAAUACUGAUGAAUCCAAUUAACUGUCGGUUAAUAACCAGUGUGACUCUGAUCAUUUAAUGAAGACUAAUCUGGAAAGAUUUAAAAAGUUACACUACAGCUAAUAUGGAAGUAAACCAAAAUCAUGUCAGAAUGCUCGAUCACUAAGAACCAAUCAGAAACAGUCAAUGCCAAACAACACCCUCGCCAGGUCUGAUUUUAUUUUGUGUAUAACAUCAGCCCACCAGCACCGUUGUGUUUCUUGGUUCCUCAUAUGCAUCCUGAAACAUUUAAACCAUUUAAUUUGUAGGGAUGUAGAUUCUCUCAAACCUGGUUUAGCCAAAUAAAGGUAUACACUGACUCCUACACACAGCUUCUGUAUUCAUACACGUCUAGAUGAUGGAACAUUUAUCCCCUUGACUCUCGCUGACACAGCAGCCGCCUGUAGCUGAUACUUAGCAGAGGUUGUGUUGGUGUAGAGUGAAGUUACGUAUCAGACGAACCUGCUGCUGUACUGAUUACCAUUAUGGCAUGUCUGUAGGUGUCCCAGUCUAGAGCCCUUUUCUCUUUCUUUUUUUACCUGGUUGAUUGUUAUUGGUGAUCGAGAAGAGGAUCAGUCGAGGACCUGUAGGUUUUAAUUUGUAUUUUCCCAUCAUGCCCUCCUCCACACAAACACACCUCGAGCAUCCCUCUAGCCUACCCAUAUGUCUUUGGUUUUACAUGUAAAGUUACGGACUCUGGGGAGAGGAGACUUAUUUACAGUGUAAAGAUGGAUUGAUGAUCCGCUGGCAAAAUGUGAACGCUUUGAUUUAUAAAAGCAAAACUUGGCCGUGGAAGGAUUGAAUGAAUAAUGUAAAAUACCAGUGAUCAUUCAGGAAAGAUCAUUAUGUUUGCACAUAAAGGGACUGGCAGGAGAGUUUUAGUUUACUUUUGCUUUGUUUUCUUUUUGGACAGGUGCAUGUUGAUAAAGCUGUUGUACAGUUUCAGAAAAAGCAAACUGGGUCUAAACUUCAAUUUAAUUGUCUUUUUUUUUUUCAGAUGAUGCAGACUUGAUUUCAUAAAAUUUUAGGGUUGUCAAUUUGUUACACUGGUUUUUAGUCUGCACGUGUUCAUGUCCAAUUUUUAUUCAAUAAUAAAUGAGUUAUGCCACUGA